AUGCCACCAACCAGACAUAACCCCCACGAUCCCUUCGUCACAACCUCUACAGCAUCCAACACCGGCCUCCGCACCCAAGCCUCCCAACAAUCCCUCCGCUCCACCGCCAGCGCUGCCUCGACCUCCAACUCCCGCACCCGCCAACCCCAACGCGACCAGCUCUUCGCGCCCUCACUAUCGCGGCGCCCAACCUCGCGAACCCGCGUGGAAGACGAGGUUCUCGCCGAUUCGUCGUCUGAACAGGAGCGGCGCUCGCGACGACUGCGGCCGCAGCAUAAGAGCAGACAGCAACAAGUUGAGGAGCAGGAAAUCGUGAAGAGAGAUGCGCAAGGGAACUAUUUACUCGGGGGAAGUGAGCUGGGCGUGGCAGGAGGGGUGCCGGCCGUGAAGCCUUUGGUGCAGGAGGAUGAAGAUGAAGUUAGGAUGGAAGAGCUCAAUGCAUAUUACUCUGCUCUGGCGAAAAAGUACUUCACUUCUGGAGCUGCCAUGACAACGACGAGACGGAUUGAUGAAGACUACGAACGAGAUCGACCAGACAUGAUGUACUGUCUCAAGGCCGAAGUCAUCCAGAAGCUCGAAAGCGAGAAAUGGCUCUAUGAGCAUGUAGACCGGUUCCAGUCCGCCUUCGAACGAACGCCACGAGAAAUGCAGCAUUGCAGGAUGACCACCAUGUACUCGUUUCGAACCACGCCGGCUUCAAAUUCGGAUCCACGUACCGCAUACAUGUCGCACUCGCACCAGCCUAUCGCGUCCAAGCGUCAAAAAGCUGGGACGUUUAUGCGCCAUUCCCACGUUUCCCGCUGCAGCGGGUUUUGGGAUGACUCCACUGUUCCCGAAACUCUGUCGAGUAAUGAGCGAAAAAGCCAAUUGCUCCUCGUGGUUACUCCUUUCCUCUUCCCAACUAUCAAAUCCAAAUAUACCAAGUCGUCAUGGUUGUCUGCUCGUAUCAGCUUGGUGAUGGACCGCGGCGGCCGAGGAUUUAGCAGUCAGCAGGGUUGCACCCUGAGCACGAGGCCGCAGAGCAGAUUGGGUUUCAUGACGAGCAAGAGCUAUCGCGAUGGCUGGCACGCUGUGCCGGGAGGGAGAUGCCCGCUUGCGUGCAACCUCGGUGCAGGAAAGGAAGCUGGAGCGAGAGUGUGUGAAGGAUUAGGUUUCUGUGACGAAGUCGGGACACCCUGGUCGGCGAUGUUGCCGAACGACAUCUCGUCCUGCACGCAAGCGGCAGAGGCACUGUGUUGCAACCCAACGUCCAAGAGGAGUCUGUGCCGCAGGGACAAAAUGCUACUAAUGCUGACACACAAGAAACCCGCGCCGCACUCCGUGUCGCUGGGCUGUGGUGACAUGCGUGCGUGGGAGAUGACGCGGUUGCGUGGACAGAGAGGCCGAAGAAAGCAAAUGCCAGAGCCGGCGAGCACGCAGCAGAAGGCUGGGCCGCACGGAGCAACGCACACACUAGCGUCCGUUUUGACCGGCAAGCGGGAACGCAAAAGGCUGCGAUCUUGGGCGGGCGGCGGGUUCAUCUUCGUUUCGGUCGCGUCGCCCUCGUCGAAGCCAUGGCGAGGUCAGCAGCAACACGAGCUGUGA